AUGGCCAAAGGGGUUGAGAUAUCCAGUAACGAGCAAGCGUAUAUACUAGAAAGCUUGAAGCAAGGCUUCAGGAUCGACGGAAGAAAGCUCGAUGAGAGUCGAGAACCGGAAAUCAAGAUAUCUACUGAAGAAUACGGCUACGUUGAAUUAAGCUGGGGCAAGACCAAGUUAAAUGUCCGGGUGAGUUGCGAGAUCAAGGCGCCCUUUGAGGACCGGCCAUUUGAAGGGAUAUUCAAUAUCAGUACCGAGAUAAGUCCUAUGGCGAGUGCCCAAUUUGAAAAUGGGAAGAAUAGUGAUGAAGAGAUAUUAAUCAGUCGAUUAAUUGAAAAAGCCAUCCGAAGAUCGAACGCAUUGGAUUUAGAGAGUUUAUGUAUAAUUGCUGGGAAUAAGGUAUGGAGUAUUCGAGUAGAUAUAAAUUUUUUAAAUUACGAUGGAGGAGUUAUUGAUGCAUCGUGUAUUGGAGUAAUGACGGCAUUACAACAUUUUAAAAAACCGGAUAUAUCGAUUGAUGGAGAAAACGUUAUAAUACAUGAUUACGAGGAGAGACAGCCGAUUCCGUUGAGUAUAUUGCACGUACCGAUUUGUAUAAGUUAUUCAUUUUUCAAUCCGGUUGGGAAAGAGGAGAAUAUCAAGGGAGAUUUAAACGAGGAGAUAUCUAUAGUUGAUGCUAACCAACGAGAAGAGUUGAUACGAGAUGGAAGUUUGGUGAUUACCAUGAACAAGAACCGGGAAUUGAUUCAAUUAUCCAAGAACGGAGGAUUAUUAAUCGACGCGGUGUACUUGAUUAAGUUAUCGCAAGAUUCGUUUAAAGUUGUUGAAAAAUAUACCGAGUUGAUCAAGAAGUUGAUUAGAGAGAACGAAGAGAUUAUGUAUCGCCAGAUGAAUUUGAAGUUAUUAGAAGUGGGAGAUAGUAGGUAA